UCUUCUAUAAAGCCGAAACUUCACCAUUAUAGAAAGCAGUCAAAGCAGUUGAUUUCAAGAAGUCAGUUCAGUUGAAAUAGUUCAUCCUGCAUCCUGCAGAUAAGGAGUAUUUGCAAUGAAGCUUCUACUGGUUGUUAGUGUACUGCUAGCUGCUUGUGUAGUAUAUGGAGAUCGUGGUGGUUCAUGUCCUGAUGCUCUAGCUCCAACCUGUGCUUGUACAGAUGGUACUGUAGUUCCAACCAGAAGUAAAGGAAAACCCUGUCCUGAAGGUCGACCUACCUGCCUUUGCACAGAUGGAUCUGCUCCCAUCAAGGAAGAGAGCGGAGAACAUAUAGAAGAUGGAAGCAGGGAAAACCAGAGGGGAAAGAAAAACAGAAGUAGAAGAGAUGUAGACAGUGAGAGUGUAGAAAGCGGAGAAAGUGGACAGAGUGGAAGCAGUGAAAGCCAGGAGGGCAAGAGAAGAAGAAGGAGAAGAGACGUGGACAGUGGUAGCAGUGUAGAAAGCGGAGAAAGUGGACAGAGUGGAAGCAGUGAAAGCCAGGAGGGCAAGAGAAGAAGAAGGAGAAGAGACGUGGACAGUGGUAGCCUUGAAAGCGGAGAAAGUGGACAGAGUGGAAGCAGUGAAAGCCAGGAGAGCAAGAGAAGAAGAAGGAGAAGAGAUGUAGACAGCGGUAGUGUAGAAAGCGAAGAAAGUGGACAGAGUGGAAGCAGUGAAAGCCAGGAGGGCAAGAGAAGAAGAAGGAGAAGAGAUGUGGACAGUGGUAGUGUAGAAAGUGGGCAGAGUGGAAGCAGUGAAAGCCAGGAGGGCAAGAGAAGAAGAAGGAGAAGAGAUGCAGACAGUGAGAGUGUAGAAAGUGGAGAAAGUGGGGAGAGUGGAAGCAGUGAAAGCCAGGAGGGCAAGAGAAGAAGAAGGAGAAGAGAUGUAGACAGCGAGAGUGUAGAAAGUGUAGAAAGUGGACAGAGUGGAAGCAGUGAAAGUCAGGAGGGAAAGAGAAGGAGAAGAGAUGUAGACAGCGGUAGUGUAGAAAGCGGAGAAAGUGGACAGAGUGGAAGCAGUGAAAGCCAAGAGGGCAAGAGAAGAAGAAGGAGAAGAGAUGUAGACAGCGAGAGUGUAGAAAGUGGACAGAGUGGAAGCAGUGAAAGUCAGGAGGGAAAAAGAAGGAGAAGAGAUGCAGACAGUGGUAGUGUAGAAAGCGGAGAAAGCGGACAGAGCGGAAGCAGUGAAAGCCAGGAGGGCAAGAGAAGAAGAAGGAGAAGAGAUGUAGACAGCGAGAGUGUAGAAAGCGGAGAAAGUGGACAGAGUGGAAGCAGUGAAAGUCAGGAGGGCAAAAGAAGAAGAAGGAGAAGAGACGUAGACAGUGGUAGCGUAGAAAGCGGAGAAAGUGGACAGAGUGGAAGCAGUGAAAGUCAAGAGGGAAAGAGGAGAAGAAGAAGAUGAGAUUAUUGGCAAACCAUUUACAUUGGUAUUAAUUUGAAGAAAAAUUAAAUAAUAAACUUUUUUUCACUAAAA